AUGAAGUCCUUUGGUAAAUCUUUAGUUACAGCUAUUCAAAAAAUCGAUUCCAUUUGCUCCCAAGGUAAUUUACAAAAUCCCACCAAAAAAAUUCAUGUUGUAUCGCGAAAUACUUCUUUAUCUAAUGCUGUUCAAUUGAGGAAAAAACGAUAUUUACAGAAAACAAAAAAUCUGCGUACCAUUCACAAGGUACUUUCAGAAAAUUUGGAAAAUUAUCAAAGAAACUCUUCAUGGGAGAAUCUCCGAACAUAUCUAACUGUAUCAAAGGAGAUUGAUAAUCUAGAUUCUGUAGAUUACCUAGAUAAACCUCAAGUAUCAAAUUCGUGUAUAAAUACUGAAACAGGAAAACUGAACAAGAAAGAAUUUAAUGUAGAAAAAUAUACUAAAAGUCCAUAUUCUAAAAUAUCUUUGGCAAAAGUUAUGUCUAGCAACGAGACACGAAAAGAACCGAAUUCAAGUCAAAUUCCAUUUACAGUUUUAAGUAAAGUAAAAAUUGUAGAUUCUCAUAACAUAUCAGGAGAUAUUAAGAAACGAGUGAAAUAUAGAGGACAAAAUUUGGAUGAAAAUAAUAUACACUUGAAUAAUAGUAAAACAGAAUUUAAAAAUAGUUCAAAGUCUAGCAUUCGCUCAACAAGAAGUGGACUAAAACCAGUAAAAGACGUAGUUCGUGGAAAAGACCAUAUUAAGCAAAUUUUUAAAUCAUCUACAAAUCUGGACGUAAAUAAGCAUUCAAUUACAUCAAUUACAAGAGAAUCAGGAAAAGAUACAGGCGAAAAUUUGAAGUAUGCCAAACCCUCAGACUUGAAAAUAAAUAAAAUGAGAUCUAAAAAAUAUCAGAAUUUUGUUCAUUUGAAAGAUGGUAUUAAAAAUGAUUUAAAAGCAUCUACAAAUCUUGGAAUAAAUAGAACUUCAAGAACAUCUAUUAGACCAGACCUUGAAUCAAAAAAUGAAGAAUUGGAAUCAAAAAAAGGUACAAGAGAAAUGUUGGAUUGUGACAAAAUCUCAAACUUUAAAGUAAAUAAAAUAGAAUCAAAAUAUAAGAAUACUAUCUAUCCAAAAGAUGAUUAUGAAAAAAUUAUUAAAUCAACUGUUGACCUAGAGAAAAAUACAAAAUCGAAUACAUCAAUUAGUCCUGAAUAUCUUGCAAAAAAAGGAUUGGAACCAGGAAAAUAUACCAGAGAAAAUUUAAAAUAUACAAACUUUGGAAUUAGUGAAACAACAACAAACAAAGAUAAAUAUUUUGCUCGAUCGAAAGAUGAUAAUAAGAAAAUUCAUAAAUCAUCUACAAAUGUAGAAAUGGAUAGAAAUUUAAGUAUAUUUAUUAAGUCAGAACGUCGCUCAAAAAAAGAAGAAUUGAAGCCAGAGAAAGAUACUAGAGAAAAUAUAAAAUAUACCAAACUAACAAGCUUUGACAUCAAUAGAACGCAAACAAAUCCAUAUAAAAAUUCUACUUAUUCAAAAAAUGAUAAUAAACAAAUUCAUAAAUCAACUACAAACGUAGAGAUGAAUAGAAUUACACGUAUACCCGUUAAGCUUGAAUUUCACUCAAAAAAAGAAGAAUUCGAAACAGAAAAAGAGAAUUUAAAAUAUACCGGACUCUCAAACUUUAAAAUGAAUAAAAUGGAAACAAACAAAUAUAACAAUUCAGCUUAUUCGAAAUAUGACAAUAAGAAAAUUCAUAAAUCAAGUACAAAUCUAGAUAUGAAUAGGGUUAAUAGUAUAUCUGUUAGGCCUGAGCUUGGCACAAAUAAAGAAUUGGAGCUAGAGUUAAAUAGAAAUUCAAGUAUAUCUAUAAGACCGGGAGUUUUUUCGAGGAAAAAAGAACUAAAGUUAGCAAAAAAUAGUGAAAAUAUAAGACACUUUAAAGAAUCGGGAAAGAAUUUCGCAAAUUCAAAAGAUGAUAAAUUUUUUUAUAAAUCUAUUACAAACAUAGAUAUAAAUAGAAAUUCAAGUCCAUCAAUUAGGAAGGAACUGUCCUUAAUAAAAGAAGAAUUGGAGUCAGAAAAAGAUAUAGGAGAAAAUUAUAAAUAUGCGAAAACGUCCAAUAUAAAAAAAAGAUCAAACAAAUGCCAUACAAAAGAUGAUAUUAAAAAUUUUUUCAAGUCAUGUACAAAUCUAGAGACAUACAUUAAGCCAAAACUUUACUCAACCAAAAAAAAGUUAGUAGAAGACAAUAGUGAAGAGUUAAGGCAAGCGAAAGUCUCAAACUUUGAUAAAAAUAAAACGGAAUCGAACAAUAAUAACGAUUUUACUUUAAAAAAUAUUCAUAAACCAUCUACAAAUGUAAAAAUAGCUAAUUCUACAAAUUAUAUUAAUCAAAAUACCGAAAGGCAGUUGAAAGAUGAACAAAAAAUCGUACCACAAAGUGAGAAAAUAUACCUCGAAUCGAAUUUUCCCAAAACCGGUUGUAGAUUAGCAUACGAAAUGGCAAUUGCUGAAGUUAAUAACAAUAUAGAACAAGAUUUAUCCUCAAAUAACCUAACAUGGACAAAACAGAAAAUAAUUGCAAAGAUGCAAAAUUUGAAUAAAGAAUCCCAUUAUGAAAAUGUAGCACGAAAGUGGAACAACCCGCAGAAUUUACAACAAAACCUUCCACUAAAUCCUAAACUACAAUCCACACCUAAGUUGAUCAACAUUAAAAAAAAUAAAUCAGUGAAAGAAUCAUCAAACUUGCAAAGCCCAGUUGUAAUAAACAAUUUUUUAACUUUAUUCAAUAAAGUUAAGCAUUCAAAAUCCAAUAUGAAAUAUCAGGUUGUCUUGAGUUGCGCACAACCUACAGUAAAAAUUAAUGAACCAUUAAUAUCGGAUAAUAAAGAAGCUGCUCAAUCAAAACGAACGACAAUAUUAGAACUUAUGCUGAAACAUAAAAAAGAAAAGGAUUGCUUCACCCCUGGUUAUAGUUUAAAAUAUAAAUUGUCCUCCAAAUUUCACAAUAAUCAAACAAAUGGUCAAUUCUUCAAAAGAGACUCAACUGAAAGGUUAAAGGAGAAUCCAAUGAUUGGUUCGAAAACCAGAAAUGAAGGCUUUAAUUUCUAUCGACCAAUAAAAUCAUCAUCAGUUUUGGAACAUAUUUUAUCAAAAAAAGAUCCAAGGGUAUAUAGCAGUGCCAGUGAUUGUUAA